AGAAAAUUGACGAUGUAUACGAGCAGCUAUAUGAGGUCGCUUAGAAGCAGAGCACGGACGGAGAGUGUAUGAAGCUAUUUAGCUAUCGAACGGCGACAAGCUUGGGUCAAUAUUUGGAGCUGACUUGGCUGAGGCUCAAGUCGGACACAUGAUGUAGAUGGCGAAUCGCGGAGACACGAGGGCGUUAAUCCACUACUUCUUCAGCGCUCUCGAGAAAAUAUACAUGGAGGGAUCGUGCGGCUUGCCUGCAUUUACCUUCACCACGGUUAUCGUUCUCGUCUAUGGACUCGCAUCGACGGCGAUGACAUACACCAAACCGCUUUAAAGAACGCUGCUCGACUGCACCUGACGAAGAACGCCGAUCUCGAGAGGCUCCUCUACGGUGCCAAAGAAGAACUUGAUAUCGCUCUGCUAAGAAAUAGACAGACAUCUUAGUCUACCCCGGGGUGAUUCACCUUGUCGCACUCCUCGUCGCGCGUGUGUUCAUUGGCC